CUUGCUCCAAUAACCGUGUUGAAGAAGUUUCUACCCUCUAUCCCAAAACUCAUCACAAUUUCUACUCCCACUAUGUCCCACAUCCCUUGUCUUUUUCCUCUACACUCAAGUUUUUUGAAUACUUGAGCAUACAUAAAUUGUUUAUUAUAUAUAUUGAACACACUUUGAACUUCAAAAAGGAUAAAAAAAAGAUAGACACAAAAAGGAAUACAAGUACAAUUCAAUGGUAGAGCAUAUCCCAACUGGGUAUCGCUUCUUCCCUACAGAAGAAGAACUUGUUGGCUUUUACCUAAACAAAAAGCUACAAGGAGAAGUAAAUGAUAUAGAUAAAGUUAUUCCUGUUAUUGACAUCAAUGGUGUAGAGCCAUGGAACCUCCCAAGUCUUGCGGGAGAGCUUUGCCGCGAUGAAAAAGAGCAAUGGUUUUUCUUUUCGCCAGGACAAGAGAGAGAAGCUAGGGGAGGGAGACCUAAUAGAACAACAGCUUGUGGAUAUUGGAAGGCAACAGGUUCUCCUGGCUAUGUUUACUCUUCUGAUAACAAAGUUAUUGGAGUGAAGAAAAGCAUGGUGUUCUAUAAAGGAAAAGCUCCUAGUGGAAACAAAACUAAAUGGAAAAUGAAUGAAUACAGAGCCAUUCAAAUUUCUAACCAAUCCAACAUUGCCACCCCACAGUUAAGACGGGAAUUCAGCUUGUGUCGAGUGUAUGUGAUAUCGGGAAGCUUUCGAGCAUUUGAUAGACGCCCAUUAGAGAAGGAAAGAGUUUAUGAAUUGCAAGUUCGUGAUAUUGAUCAGAACCAAUUUGGUGCCACGUGUACUCAUAAUCAAGCUGCAAAAAUGGAUGCAUUAAGUUCAUUUGAAAUUUCCCAAUUUGAGGGACUCCAUAGUACUCAUAUGCUUGAGGAUGUUGGAGGUUCAAGUAGCACUAAUUGGACUUUAAAUAACAAUGAUAAUGAUAAUGAUAAUGAUAAUGAUAAUGAUAAUGAUGAGCUUCUACUUCAAGAACCACUAUGGGAAUGGGAAUGUGAAAAUUUUAAAUGGCCCUAACCCAAUAUCUUGUUGGGACCUCAAGCAAGACCCGUCAAAUAUACAUGACUUGUUAGAAUACGACAUUAAUCAUGGUUGACUAGUACUUAUAGGGAUUUGUAACAUAAUCACCAAUUCAUCAUUUUUAUUUUUUUUUUGACAAUAUCAAUUCAUCAUGUUUGUUUAGAAUGAAUAGAAAUGAUAAAAAGAUUUAUUUUGCUUAGGAAAAUAAGGUACUUAAAUGUAGCGAAGCAAAUCAGCUGACGAAUAAGGAAGCUGGAUUUAGAAAAAUGGAAUAAAAAAAUUUAAUAGAAUUUUUUUA